GUAAUAUGGAUAUAUAAAUAUAUUUUACCUCUGAAUCCUGCAAUUAGAUUCUAAAACUUAAAAAAAAAAACUAAUAUAGUUAAAUUUAUUAUUGAUUAAUAAUAAUAAUAAUAAUAAUAAUUGUAUAUAAAAUAUAAAACAACAAUGAACGAGGAGGAGCAUGAAAAAUCAUUUAUAAAACAUUUAACAGCAAAGGAACUAUUGGAAUCAAAUAGUUUGAGAGCACGAGUUUCAAAUGAAUUCGAACAAGUAUCCAAGGUAUUACCUAAAACUGGAGUUAAAUUAUUUAAACCAAAUGGGUCAUGGCUUCAAAAUCGACAAAUAAAUGCAUGUUUGGAAGCACAAAGGGAUUUAAUAAAAAUUGAACGAGUUAAAAAAUUGUCAAAAUUAGCGGUCGGAGAAUGGUUGCCUCAAGAAAAACGUGUUAAAGUAAUUAAAAGAUCUGGUAUUGAUUGGAAUAAUUACGGAUGUGAUCUUCGUGGUACUUUAUAUUUAAAUCCUGAAGAAGCUUUAUUACAAUUAGAAUUGAAUUGUUUGGAUUUAAUUUACAAUGAUGUCUCAAUAUCAAUACAACAAGCUUAUGAAUUACUUAUUAAUUCACCAAAUUCAGACUGUACAUUAGAGGAAUAUAGAGUAUAUAGUCAAUUAGCAAAAUUAGGAUAUCGUUUGAAAAGAUUUUAUUAUCAAAAUUCAAUAAAUGAAAAAUUAGAUGAGUGUACAAAUGUGCCAAAAAAAAAAGUUAUCAUUGAUCCUGAAGGUUGUCAAUGGAUGACCGGUGUUUCAUUAAAUGAUAGAAUAAAUAAAAAUCUAAAUAAAGAUGCUAAAUUUGUUAUAAAUAGUAUUAUUGAAAAAAUUGAAAUUCAGGAACAGAGGUUAAAAGUUGAAUGUGAUGAAAGUGUUGUAAAUAAAAUUGAUAAUGAUAUUAAAGACAAAAGUAAACGUCGAUUAAAUAUUGUUUCAGUUGAAACAAUGGUAGAUCCAGUUAAAUUAGUUGCAACUACAGUUAAGAAAAAUACAAAUAAAGAAUCUGUUUCAUCUAUUGGUAUUCGUAUACAACGUAAUGUUAAACUUUUACCAAAACGAACAGAUAAAGUAUUUAUUUCUUCUUCUUCUUCUUCUUCAUUACCAUUAACAUCGUCUUUCUCUAAUUCAAAUACUGAUUUAUCGGUUCAGAUUAAAACACCUGAUAAGGAGUUAAAUAGUGAUAAUGAUAAAAAUAAUCAACUAGUUUUAGCUGAUAAAAGAAAAAUUGAUAAUAUUGAUUUAUUAGUAUCAUCAUUACCAACAGCAUCUUGUACGUUUCAAUCAUCACUGCCAGAAUCAUCGGUUGUACCAGUUAAAAAAUUAAAAAAAAAAAUGAUUGAAUCGUCAGAUGAUGAGAUUGAAGAAAUACCAAGAACUCUGACAAGAAUGGAAAUGUUGAAUAGCUUUCCUAAUUUAGCUUCUAAAGAUUCGAUUCUAGUGAUAACUGAUCGUAAAUACAUUCCUCAUAAUAUAAAACCAGUAAAAGCUGUACAUACUUAUGAUAGCUUAAAUUCAGAAGAUAAUAAUAAUAAAAAUCAAUCAUGUAAUUCUAUUACUCCAAUAAAUAGUUAUAACAAAUCAAAACCUCCAACCACUUCAUUAGAAUUAAAUCGUUGCUGGAGAAAUAAUAAUCGACAUUCACACAAUCAAAGUAAACUUGGCGGAUCUAAUAAUAAUACAAAUACUUAUAAUGAUAAAACGUUAAAUAAUUUCACUCAUCAUAGAGAUAUUACAGAUUAUUCAAUAAAUUCAAAUCACCAACAAAAUAUAAUAUCAUCGAAUCGAUGGUCAUCAUUACAUGUUAAUUUUUUUAAAAAUAUUGCUAUGGCAACAUACGCAUUACGUGCAUCAAUAACACAAAAUAUAACGAAUAUUUAUCAGCAAUCAACAAUAUACAACAUGGAACAAUUUUUUGGUCAACACAAUUCACGUUUUUUUCAUCCUUCAGGAGCUUUUAAUUAUCAUCAAAGAUCUAAUAUGCCGAUUUAUUAUAAUAGUAAUAAAGUAAAAAUAAAAAAUAGUGAUAAUAAUACUACUACUACUACUACUACUACUAAUAAUAAUAAUAAUAAUAAUAAUAAUAAUAAUAAUAAUAAUAAUAAUAAUAAUAAUAAUAAUAAUAAUAAUAAUAAUCACAAUAAUGAUAAUGAUUUUGAAUUUAAAUCAUCGUUUGAUAAAAUUCCGGCUAAUUCAUGGUCAGAGUUAAAGAAAAAAUGGAAAGAAGCAAAAACAAUAACUAUUGAAGAUGAUAAUGAUAAAAUAGACUGCAGUGAAGUUGAAAUUGUUAAUCAAACUAUACAACCACUUGUUGGUGCUAAAUAUUCAUCAAAUUUAAAACAAAUUUAUGAUAGAUUGAAAAUAAUAAAGCCAGCUCAAGAAAAAAUAGUAAGAAAAAAAAAAGGCCAUUAUAAAAUAUCAUACAAAGUUUACUCAAAUACUCAACUUUAUAGAAAAGCAAGUCCUGGUCCUGCAAUGUUUCAUUUAGUAAUAACUGGCCAAGAAAAUAAUCAUUUUAUACAACCAAUUGAACUUAAUAGACUUUAUCAGGAUGGAGAUGGAAUAGCUAUUGUUUUUGCUUACGUUGCCGGUGCAUCAAUAUCUUUUAUGCAAGCUGGUAUUGUUUCAUUACCUAAUGUUUCAUUACUUAAUGAUUAAUAAAAUAUUAAAAUAUAUUUUUAUUUGAUAUACAUAUAUUAUUAAUAAGUAUUUGUAUUAGUGUGUUUGGAUGAUGAUUUAAUAAAUAUUUAAUAUAAAAAUA